AUGACUACCGUCUUCGCGCGCCCACCGCUCCAAUCGCUUCCUAUGGCAACAAACCGACCCACGACGCGACGAAGGAGCGCAAGACAAGCCUUCGACGACGAUGAUGCGCCGGCGCCGACGACCAAACGAGCAAAGGCGGACGUGAAUGGGACGAGCAAAAAGGCGACUGCUGCGCCAAAGAAGACAGCAAAGGCAGCUGCAUACGACGAGGACGAUGAUGGCUUCCAAUUUUCGCGUCGCACGUCGUCGCGAAGGACUACCAAGGCACAGGCUGUGAUGGCACCAGAACCAAUACCCGAGGACGAACCAGCAACAUUCGCGCGCGCUGCCGAAGCGCAACCGGCCAAAUCUACUGCGCGGCGGAAGAAACAGUCAAUCGCGGCAGCCGAUCCGGAAUCCUCAGACUCGGGAAAGCGUCGGCGUUCAGCGCGCAUAUCUGGUGACAGUAGGCAGCUGGAAGUGCGACCCAAGUCUACAGAACCUCCACCGGCGAAAUCACGAACAAAGAAGACCGCGCCCAUGGAGAAGGAAAGGAAGAAGCAGACCACACCAGCUCCAGAGGCGCAGCCAGAGCCUAAGAGCGCGUAUGCAGGCGUGCAAACGCCGACACACAACAAGAUACAGGUCGCGAAGAAGCGCGAUCCCAACGCCCAAAAGAUCAUGCUGCCCUUUGCGGAUACCCCAGUUAUUACGAGGAACAAAGAGAUGCGGAAAGGCGGCAACAAAGAUGGGUCGAGAAGGAGUAGCACAGGCUUGCGAGGGAGAAGGGCAAGUUCGCUGAUUGACAGCGGCCAGUCGAAUGGUGAGUCAAGCAAUGAUGCACAGGAGGGCUGGGCACAGGACCCUAACGGCAUGGAAAAGCGCCCCUGGGGAUUAGUGGAUACUAACGAUGUCGCAGCGCUACCGCACUCAGAGGUCGAAGUCCGAGAUUUCUACAAAUACAUCGAGCAAAGCCUACCCGAACCACGACGGAUGAAGCAGCUGUUGACAUGGUGUGGGUCGCGAGCAUUACCAGCAAAGCCAUCAGGCGACGUGAAGAACGCGAACGCGAUUAUGGCUGGUAUGUCUAAGCGAAGCAGGGCGGACAAGAUGGAAACUGACAGGAGCACAGCGCGAGCUAUUCAACAAGAACUCAUAGACGAUUUCGCAAGCAAACCCGAGCUUUCCGACUGGUUCAGCAGGGAAGAAGUAGCCCCACCACCUGUGGUAAAGAAGCCGAAUCCUCAGAACGAGAAGAACAAAGCCACACUGGAGGAAUUGGAGGAGGAAGUCAAGCGCCUCGAAGAAGAGAAAGCUGCAUGGGAAGCCAUCGCAUCAGCUUCGAAAACCAAGCCCCCGCCACCCGCGCCCUCAAUACCGACAUCAACAACUACACUAUCCGAAAUCGACACGUCCCUCCUCGAUCCCGCCCAAGCCGCCAUACUUUCCUCCCUCCAGUCAUCACAAAUACAACCACCAACGUCAGCAUUCACAUUCACUUCGCCUACAGCACUACAAUCACAUCUCACGUCCCUCGCCGACUCGCUAGAACCGCACAUCGACCUUUUCGCAGACGGUGUUCAUAAGAUCGAACAGUAUCGCGCAACGGCCGAACGGGUAGCCGAUCGUGUGCUGGGUACCGCGGCAAAGAGGUUGGAAGAGCGAGAUCGGGAAGCAAAGGAAAGAGUGGGCACAGAAGGGAUUGGCGUAGGCGAUAUAUUGAGAGGCCUUGCUGGUGUACUUGGCGAGCAAUAA